GGGCACCGUGGGGGCCGUGUCCGUGUUUACACAGAGGCGGGCGGGCGCGGACGCGGACCCCGGUGUGACUGCGGCAGGAUGGUCAUGGCGCAUUUCGUCGAGAAUUUUUGGGGGGAAAAAAAUAGUGGCUUUGAUGUCCUCUACCAUAACAUGAAACAUGGACAAAUAUCAACAAAAGAACUAGCAGAUUUUGUAAGAGAAAGAGCUACAAUAGAAGAGGCAUAUUCCAGGUCAAUGACAAAACUAGCGAAAUCUGCAAGCAAUUAUUCACAACUUGGAACAUUUGCACCAGUGUGGGAUGUGUUCAAGACAUCUACAGAGAAAUUAGCAAAUUGUCACUUGGAUCUUGUUAGAAAAUUACAAGAAUUAAUAAAGGAAGUUCAGAAGUAUGGAGAAGAACAAGUAAAAUCUCAUAAAAAGACUAAAGAAGAAGUUGCAGGAACUCUGGAAGCUGUUCAAACCAUUCAGAGCAUAACUCAGGCCCUCCAGAAAUCCAAGGAAAAUUACAAUGCCAAGUGUGUAGAACAGGAGCGUUUGAAAAAAGAAGGAGCAACACAAAGAGAAAUAGAAAAGGCAGCUGUUAAAUCUAAGAAAGCCACAGAUACCUAUAAACUCUACGUGGAAAAAUAUGCAUUAGCAAAAGCUGAUUUUGAACAGAAAAUGACAGAAACAGCUCAGAAAUUUCAGGAUAUUGAAGAAACUCAUCUCAUUCACAUAAAGGAAAUUAUAGGAUCCUUGUCAAAUGCUGUAAAGGAAAUUCAUUUGCAAAUAGGCCAGGUCCAUGAAGAAUUUAUAAAUAACAUGGCUAACACUACGGUUGAAAGUUUAAUACAAAAAUUUGCCGAGUCAAAAGGCACUGGGAGAGAAAGACCUGGGCUUAUUGACUUUGAAGAAUGUGACCCUGCUAGUGCAGUUGAAGCCUUGAAGGCUUUUGAGAUGCCAGUGCAAACUGUUCCUACUCAGAGCUUGCUCUUCCUGGGGCUUCAUGUGCAAGUCUUGGAAUGCCCUGAUGCAGAUUCACUUAACAUUCCUGAUGUAGAUGAAGAAGGCUAUAGUAUUAAACCAGAAACAAAUCAGAAUGAUACCAAAGAGAACCAUUUCUACUCCUCUAGUGAUUCUGACUCUGAUGAUGAAGAACCAAAGAAGUAUCGGAUAGAAAUCAAACCUAUACAUCCAAAUAACUCACAUCACACAGUGGCUUCUUUGGAUGAAUUAAAAGUAUCUAUAGGGAAUAUAACACUCUCCCCAGCAAUAUCUAGACACAGUCCAGUCCAGAUGAAUCGGAAUGCAUCUAAUGAGGAGUUAACAAAAUCAAAGCAAUCUGUUCUACCCAAUGAGAAAGGGACCAGUGAUUUACUUGCUUGGGACCCCUUAUUUGGACCAUCUCUUGAUUUGUCUUCUUCAGCUUCACUAACUUCAUCAUCAUCAGCCAGGCCCACAACUCCUCUUUCUGUAGGCACCAUUGUCCCACCUCCAAGGCCUGCUUCCAGACCAAAGCUUACUUCAGGCAAACUCAGUGGGAUUAAUGAAAUACCCAGGCCAUUCAGUCCACCUGUAACUGCCAACACCAGCCCACCUCCUGCCGCUCCUUUAGCCAGAGCAGAAAGUUCCUCCUCUAUCUCAUCGUCUGCUUCAUUAAGUGCUGCCAAUACUCCAACAGUAGGUGUGUCACGAGGUCCCAGCCCUGUCAGCCUUGGAAAUCAGGACACCUUACCUGUGGCAGUUGCCCUUACAGAAUCUGUUAAUGCCUACUUUAAAGGAGCAGAUCCCACUAAGUGUAUUGUGAGGAUAACUGGUGACAUGACAAUAUCAUUUCCAAGUGGAAUUAUUAAAGUCUUCACUAGCAAUCCAUCUCCAGCUGUGCUGUGCUUCAGGAUAAAAAAUAUCAGCAGACUAGAGCAAAUUCUUCCAAAUGCACAACUUGUGUUCAGUGAUCCAUCACAGUGUGAUUCCAACACAAAAGAUUUUUGGAUGAACAUGCAAGCAGUUACUCUCUACCUCAAGAAGCUAUCAGAGCAAAAUCCAGCUGCUUCUUAUUAUAAUGUAGAUGUAUUAAAGUAUCAGGUAUCAUCAAACGGCAUUCAGUCUACUCCUCUGAAUCUUGCAACAUACUGGAAAUGUAGUGCUAACACCACAGAUCUUAGAGUGGAUUAUAAGUACAAUCCAGAAGCUAUGGUGGCACCUAGUGUGCUUUCUAAUAUACAGGUGGUAGUACCAGUGGAUGGAGGAGUCACAAACAUGCAGUCCCUUCCCCCUGCAAUGUGGAAUGCAGAACAAAUGAAAGCCUUUUGGAAAUUGUCUGGUAUUUCAGAAAAAUCAGAAAAUGGAGGUUCUGGGUCCCUUAGAGCAAAAUUUGAUCUUUCAGAAGGACCCAGUAAACCCGCAACACUUGCAGUGCAAUUCCUCAGUGAGGGAAAUACCCUCUCAGGAGUAGAUAUCGAACUUGUAGGCACUGGCUAUAGGCUUUCCUUAGUAAAGAAGCGAUUUGCCACCGGACGAUACCUGGCGGAUUGUUGAUGGACCUGGGAGAGUGGUUGGCUCGAAGGAGUAGUACAGACCUACCAUUCUGCAUCAUCUGUUCUUUCCAAACACUCUUCUAACUUGUAAGAUGUCUUUCAAACUUAGGCAUAUUUGAGAGCUGACUACAAAAAUUAAAUCACACUUUUAAAGUGAGUCAUUGAAAGAAAUAGCACUGAAAUGAUUUUCUACGCUGUAAAUGAUCAACUGCAAUAUUCAGGAAGCACAUUUAUUCAGAUUCUCAGUAAAAAUGAAGUUUUCAGAGGCUGAAAAUUUAAGUUAUCUUCAGUGUCUAUGUUGAAAAAAGGGGUUAUUAAUAUCAGGCCUAAAAUUUCAGGAGAGCAAGCACAAAAUAAUUUAGCUUUCCAUAAAUUUUUAGAGUCAGAGAUAGCUUUGAAAGGUCAUAAGUUUGAUAUUUAAUGGAUAUGAGCAGAACAUGAAUUCUAAGGUUUGGAUAAUGUUAACUCAGAACACUCAAUCAGAUUGAGUAAUAUAGUAAUUGACUAAUUGAGCCAUAUAGUAAUCAGACCAGAAUCCAAGUUGUAUGCAGAAAAUCUGUAAUUUGAAAUAUAUUAAUAAAGUGUAAAUGGUGUUUUAUGUGAUAUUUUUAAAUUCUCAAGUGCAAUGUGUUUUAAAAUAAGCUUGCAAAAGACAGCAGAGAAAUUUACUUCUGCACUUAGUUAACUUUAUAGAAGUUGUGAUUGUUUUGGUGAAUUAAUGCUGUAGAUUUAAUUUAUUUUUAUAUGGAUUGCGUAAUAUGUGCCUUUUAAAACAAUAACAAAACCAGAAAUGUGCCUAUCCAGUUUGUGUUUAUUAAUGUGCCUCACUUUUUUUUUUUUUUUAUCACAGUCUAUCUAGAUCUAUUCAGAACCUUCCAGUGGACAAACAUUUUUACAGGAUAUUUGCAAUUUUUGUAAAUAUGAGGGUAUUUCAAAAAGUUCAUGGAAAAAUAGAAUUAAAGAUAAUAUAAAUCUUUCCAUGAACUUUUUGAAGGACCCCUUUGGCCUGAAACUGGGAAAGGAAUUCAGAAUAACUAAAGGAUAAUUUAUAUGUAAGAAACUCUGGCUCACUUCUUUAGUGAUACACUGUAGCCACUAGAAAGAGAAAUAAACCUAAUGACUUAUGUUUACAGGGGAAGAAAUUACCCUCAGACAUUUGAUAUUAACCUCAUCAAAAGUAUGUGAAUUUUAAAACAUAAAUUCUGAAAUACUAUCAUGGUAAAUUGGUAACUGAUAUUUUAACUCUCAGUUUAGCAUUUCCCUUGAUUCUGUUCAUCAUAGAAAAUUUACACAUUUAUCUACCGAUUGUGUUGUGAACAUGAAUUUUGUGAGGAAUACGUUUUUUAAAAGAUUAAUUUUGGCAACAGAGGGAGAAGGACUGCCAUUUAUUUUCAUUUCUACAAUUGGAAAAAUUACCAAUUUGUAUGUAUGUUUUUAUUCUUAUUUGAUUUUUACCUGGUAAAAUUAGGGAAAUUAUUUGAAAUGAUUGGGUUAAGUAUUAUUUCUUAAAACAAACUACUAAGACUAAAUAGUAAAAAACCUAACUUUGUAGCAAAUCCUGAUUAAUUGAAGAAAUGAAAUACUUUGGACAAAGUUUCAUAAUUUACAGAUGGGAAUUUUAUUUAUAAUGAUAAAUACCAUUGUCCUUUAUUUUACAUAGUAGAAGUGAUAAAUUGUGUUAUAUAUGAUAAUUUAUAUAUAAAAACCACUAAUUAUUCUGUUAAGCUUUACAGAAAAUAAAACUCCUGUUACUAGACAUUUAUAUAACAUCUUGCUAUACUAAAUACACCAGAAAAUCUACUCUUUAGCAAUAUAUAACACAGUAUGUGCUUUUUAAUACAUUCAGUGUUAGCCCAAUUCUAAAUUUAGAUUUGACUAAAGCAACACAUAAGACUAAUUUGCUAAAAUGUUAAUCUUGACUAAAUAGCCAAAUUAGAAUUUCUAUCUCUUAUUAUUGUGCUUUUUAAAAUGCCAAUUACAGGCCCUUAUUAGAAUUUUAACUGUAAUCUGCUUUGCAAUCAAACUGCUUUUAUUGGGCAGUUAAUAUUUUACUAUUGAAAUUCAGACACUAUUCUACUCACCAUGUUUGUUUUUAAUCAAGUAUUACCUAAAAGUGUACAAAUUAGUGAAAUGGUUAAACUUCUACACUUUCUUAAUUACCACAGUCUUCAUACCAAGUGUUGAUACAUAAAUUUGUAUUGGGUACAGGUUACAAUUUUGAAGCCAUAUGAGUUUAUAUUGAUUUGUUUUUCAUUUAAAAAUCCACUAAUGGUGUAAAAAAGACCAGUACAUUUUCAAUGGGAAAUGUAUGUAGCAAGCUGGUUCUUGCUUAUGUAUAGUGAUAAACAUUGUAGCUGCCUCUUUAACCAAGAAUUUAUAAACACAGAACUCUAACGAAUGUGAGUUUUUAAGGAUUGUUAUUUACUACUUUGGGUUGUAAUUAGAACAAUGCACAUCUAUCUUCCAAAAUUUUGUAAAUAUUUUUGAUUUUUUUCAUAAAGUGUAAAUUUUACAUAAAAGUUGUGCCCUUAAUAAACAUGUAAUAUAUAAUUUA